CUCGGGUCGUCGAUAUUACGGGCGCAGGACGGUGCAUGGCCGAUAGAGCAGCAGACCGAAAAAGUCGACCAAGCCUUGUCACGUUUGGGGCUUAUCCCCGCGGUCAUUGUGCACGGGCAUAGAUGGCUUUUCGUUCUCUCAACGCGUCAAGGCCAAAAGACAAUACUUUGGAAGGAAUAUCAGUUUGGCAGUACUUCUACUGUGGUGGAAACUUAUCAAGUUGUGGCGGGACUGAGGCAUCUUGCGGCCUGGGUCGACCAAGCUUAUGGGAUCAGAACUGGUCCUUGACUCCUGUUGAUGUGGUUCUGGCUCAAUGAAUGACUCUUCCGGGAAGCUGCGAAUGGAGUCGCCCUCCUGAGCUUGUGAACCACCAUGGUACGGGCAGUACCACUGGCAGCUCUUGCAUCCUGCGCAUCACAUUCCUUCCUUGGCGACUGAAUCACUGCUCCCAGCGGGAAUUCUUCCGCCUUCUUCCGCCAUUCAUCACAAACAUUCAACUCGUUCAGCUCCUUGAACACACGGUCGCCAGACAUCUUUCAUCUCAACCCAACAACAAUCGAAUACAUACACAAAGAACAUCAACUUCAUCGCACAAACAAUUACCACAAACCAUCUUUACAUCCAAAAUGCCUGCCGCCCUCGAGACCGCCCUCGAGACCAAGUCAAUCGACGUCCACUUCAAGCUGAAGGAGGGGAAAAAAUACCCCAAGACUGUCGACCUGGAGAAGCUCAAGGAACAGUACGGAGAGGGCAACGUCUCGUUUGUGGAGUCCAAGAACAAAUUCUUCACCAUCCAAGUCAGAAAGGUGUGCGACACGGCGGAUCAGAUGAAGGAAGAGCUCUGGCCCGUGCUCGAGGAGAUCGAAAUCUUCAAGACUUGGGAGCCGGAAAGAAUCAUGGUCUGGCUUUCGGACAGUUCCUGUGUGUAUCUCAUGGGGGAUCCCUAUCCUGGCAAGUAAGGACAACAGUUUUGGUCGUCAACAAAGCAAACUUGGCGAAAAGGACGAGUGGACGGGGAUGCGGGAUGUGAAGACAUGGGAGGAGGCGCGAUACGCAGGAAUUGAAGGGUGAAACUGUGAGCUUGGAGCUUAUCAGUAGUCAAUAGAAGAAUGCUCCCUUUUCAUUGAUCUCGAAAGCUUGGCUGCCCAAAAAAAGUUCCAAGCUUCACGA